AUGGGGCCAGAGGAGCCAGAAUCUUCCAAAAUGCAGGAGAUCAGCUUCAGCUUUAACACGCCGGACAAGAGCUACCCGCUCAUAUUUCUGAAACUGGUCAAAGAAACGCCACACCCAGAGGCAUAUUCUUCAGACAGCCCUGCAUCUGACUCGAGGACGCUCGCUAAACAUCCCGAAAGGCUGACCGAUCUGCCAGUGGGGUUGGAGUUGACAGGAGAGCUGGGGGAAAGGCUAGCAGAAGAGAAAGGCAAUAGAGGGUCUCGGUUAAGCGAGGGGAUCUUGGGAAAACUGUUGGAGGGUGCCCUUUCUCUAGAGAGUGGACCAAUCUUCUGCAAGUUCUUUCCCAGCAAGAGCAAGAUGGACGACUCUGAGCGGCCACGCCUGGUUGUAGACGAGAUAGCAAACUCAGGGUGGCUUGGACUGGAAUCAAAAACUGUUCAGAUGAUCCUAGGGAAAGAAUUCAUCAACCUUGGUUUCGACAAGGGAAACAAGCUUCUGCAAAAAAUGGUCACCAGGGUGAAAAGCCCCGUGAAUGCGAUGCUGUACCACGCACUCUCCAAGCCCCUCAAUCAGCUGUUCGGCUUCACUGCCACCGGACCGUGGUCCUCUGCGGAGUUCGAUGGCGUCAGCAAAAGGAAGCUGGUUGAGAUCUGGCUCCCCUCUGCUGCUGCAGUUUAG